CCACAAUAUCACGCAUUUUACUUCCAUUUUCAUCUUUCUGAAGACCACAAUAUAUCAACUCAGUUCUUAAGAAUGGAUGCACCUCAUAGACAUGAAGAUAUUACUUUUCAACUAAUCGAUGAGUGUUAUAAUGACUUCAAGGAAAAGGACUUCGAGAACUUUGCAUUAAGAACAGAUUUCAAAGAGUGUGUCCGCUCAUAUGCAAUUGUAGCAAUACUCGGCCCAGUUAGUAGUGGAAAAAGCACAUUACUCAAUCACUUGUUCAAUACACGGUUUCAGACGAUGGAUGAUUCUAAAAGAGGGUCUCAAGCAACUUUAGGGAUUUGGAUGUCAAGAUGUCCAGACGUAAGACCUUUCACGCUUGUAAUGGAUGUGGAAGGCUCAGAUUGCGGUCAAAUACGGGGCAAUACUUCAUUUGAAAAGCAGAGUGCUCUUUUUACUCUUUUGGUAGCUGACAUUGUUUUAAUUAAUAUGUGGUGUAAAGACAUUGGCCGGGAGCACGCUGCUAAUAAGCCUCUUCUAAGAACUAUUUUCCAGCAGGCCAUGAAGGAAUUCAUGAAAAAGCCAAGGAAAAUAACACUAAUGUUUGUCGUACGCGACGAAAUAGAGUCUCGAAAAUCUAGUUUAGAAGAAAUACUUAGAGAAGAUCUAAUGGAGAUAUGGGCCUCUGCUAUUCCAUCAAGCAGCACCAAUCUCCAGCUUCAAGAUUAUUUUGAAGUUAAAUUUAUAUUUCUUCCAAAUUAUGAAGAACGUGAAGAAGGUUUUAAACUAAAGGUCACAGAGUUAAAGGAAAAAUUCAUCAUUCCCGCACUUAAACACAUAGACGACAAAGCAAAACAUCGGGCUUCAAUGUUUCCAGCGCUUGCACAAGAAAUAUGGAGUGACAUAUUGGGAAAUAAGGACCUUGAUGUUCCUAAAUAUGAGAUAUUGGUUUCAAUCGCGCGGUGUGAAAAGAUUAAAAAUGAUCAUUUUAAUUCCUUCAAAAAGAAUAAGCUUUUGCGUACUUUGAGAAAAGUUGCAUACUAUCGCCCUGUUCCCAAUUUUGGUGAAGAAGUGGACUCCUUUCUCAACACUUGUGUGUCAAAGUAUGACGAAGAAGCCUCAUUUUAUGAUGAAAGUGUUGUCAAGGAAAAACGAGAGCAGCUUAUUCAAGAAUGUUUGCAGCAUGUUGAACAUAUUUAUAUAGGUAUGGUGAAGGAUUGGAGGCUGACGAGUUUGAAGGGAUUUAUGGAUGCAAUUGAUAAGUGUACAGACGGAAAUAAUAGAGUUAUCAUAGUCGAAGAUCACACCCGAUGCUGGUUAAAUAAAUUUGACGAAGGCUGUGAAGCUUUCAGAGCAAGGGAGGCCAAGUGGGAUUCGUGGAAAGAAAGGGCAAAGCUUGAAAUGCAGAUGAAAAAUUAUGCUUCUGCUAAACAAGAAGACAGACCUGGGUUUGUAGUGAAAGAACUCUAUGAGCCGACUAUAAAAAAAGAAUUGUCAAGCUGGCUGAGUUUUACAGUCUGUGAUGAUCCUCGAGUUCCAAGAUGGUCAAGAAUAAGAGAAGAAUUCAAAAGCUUGGUAGAGAAAGCUCUGCCUCAGCUUGACACCGCAUUAUCAUACUUUGGCAUGAAUGAUGAAGACAGGAAAAAAUUGACAGAUGGGUUAGGGGAAUAUGCAAAAAAUGUUGCAAUAACAAAGUUUAGAGAAGAAUCUGAUCGGGCUAAGAGCCAUUUGAUCAACAAAUUAAGCAAACACUUGGAGUACGAUGAUGAUUCAUCUCCACAAAAUCCGGAAACUGCUUUGCCUACUUUAGUCUCUCGUUGCGUACAGUUGCUUGCUGUUUUGGCAGUCGCCCGUUGGGAAGAAGGGGAUGAGGAUGAUGAUGGUGUUCUCACAACUUUAAAAGCAGCCGUGGAUGGUCAGAAAAUUGCAUUAGAAGACCUUGAUUCAAACGCAUGGGAAAAGGUUCGACCAUCUGCAACAUUGAUAACACCGAUUAAGUGCUCUCAGUUGAUCAAAGAGUUACGUGAAGAAAUGGAAAAAAUUUCCGCACGCAUGAUGGAGCGGUUCCAAGCUUCAAAAACUAAUGCUGAAAGAAAGGUUACUCGUCUGAUGGCGUACCAUCAUCAAACCGCACCUUUAGAGGUUCAGCCGUCUAAAACAUUGAUAACACAUAUUACAUCCACAGAGAUGAUGAAAGGUGUCAUGGUUGAAGCAAGAAAAAAUGCCAAUUGCGCUAUUGAGGGGAUGAAUUCUAGGACACAAAUAUUCAUCAAGAACAAUCCUUUUCUAACCGGAGCAGUACUUGCACUUCUGAUUGCUGUUUGGGGAGUAAUUUAUAGCCGAUCAACUCAUCACAUGCUGGAGUAGUUCAUAUGUGAUGAAUUGUUUAAAUUAUUAAAGUAUCAUUAUUAUUGCAUUUCCUUGCUAUUUCCUUACUCUGGAGUGUAUAUUGUGAAGCAGACCACAUAAUUAUAAUGACCUAUUCAGUAUUAAGUUUACCCAUC